CCGCCCCGCCCGGGAGGAGUGUGUGCGUGUGUGCGAUCGGGCGGCGGUGCCCUGCAACCCGGGCAGCCCCCCCGCCCCCUGCCCGGCCAUGGAGCUCCGCGAUCGGCCCUUUUCCUUUUCCUCCGCCGCCUGAGCUCCGCCGCCCCUCUACCGGAGCUCCGCGCCCCGGGAAGCGGAGGGCGGGCGGCGGGCGGGGGCUGCCGAGCCCCGCCGCUGGAAUCACGGCACCGCCGCGCUGCGCUCGGCGGCAGCAGCAGCAGCAGCAACCCGAGGAGAGCUCUCUUUAUUUGUUUUGCCCCCUCCCCACCCCCCGCACUUUUCUUUUUUUUUUUAAUUUUUGUUUGUUUGUUUGUUUUUCUUCCCUUUCCCUCCUUCUCCCUACCGGAGGGAGGCACCGCGCUGCCCAGCCGCCCAAAGGGGCCCCGUCGAGCCCCGGGGACCCCGCGGAUGUGCGAAGCUCUCCUCCGGCCGCCCAUCCUCCUGCUUCUGGGCGCACCGCCUCUUUAUCCUCCUGCGCCUUUAUUUUUAUUUUUUAAGCAGACCUGAGCGGCAUCACCAGGGGCGGGGAGGGUGGGGGGCUCAGCUACGCUGCCAGACCGUCCCUCGCCCAUUUCUUCGAAGGAACUCUCAUGGCUUCACAGCUGCAGACAAGUUGCCGUGCAUCUUGGUGGACUAUCGGAGUUUGCAUCCUGGCGGCCGCGCUCUUUCCAGCGCUGCAAGCUCAGACUGUCUUAGUCAAUGACACAGUCUCAGGAUUUAUUGGGACAGACGUGGUCCUGCACUGCAGCUUCACCAACCCGCUCCCCAAUGUGAAGAUCACGCAGGUCACGUGGCAGAAAGUCACCAACGGCACCAAGCAGAAUGUGGCCAUUUACAACCCUGCCAUGGGGGUCUCCAUCCUCUCUCCCUACAAAGAACGGGUGACUUUCCGGAACCCUUCCUUCAAAGAUGGCACCAUUCAGCUCUCUCGGCUCGAGUUGGAGGAUGAGGGGGUUUACAUCUGCGAGUUUGCCACCUUCCCAACCGGCAACAGGGAAAGUCAGCUGAACCUCACAGUGCUGGCCAAACCCACGAAUCGGAUGGAGGGCACCACGCGGCCGCUGAUCGCCAAGUCGGGCAGGACAGAAAAGAUCUUGGUAGCCACUUGCAUCUCCUCCAAUGGGAAGCCCCCCAGCACCGUCACCUGGGACACCAAGCUGAAAGGGGAAGCAGAGUUUCAGGAGAUCCGGAACAGCAAUGGCACCAUCACGGUGAUCAGCCGGUACCGCUUGGUGCCGAGCCGCGAAGCCCAUCGGCAGCAGCUCAUGUGUGUGGUCAACUACCAGCUGGACCGCUUCACUGACAGCAUCACCCUCAACGUGCAGUAUGAGCCAGAAGUCACCAUCGAGGGCUUCGAUGGCAACUGGUUCCUCAAUCGGAAAGAUGUCAAGCUGAUAUGCAAGUCUGAUGCCAACCCCCCAGCUCACACCUACGAAUGGAAGCUGCCAAACGGGACUCUGCCAGGGAGUGUGGAAAUCCAGAACAACACCAUCUAUUUCAAGGGCCCCAUCUCCUACAGCGUGGCUGGCACCUACAUCUGUGAGGCCUCCAAUGCCAUCGGCACGCGGUCGGGCUUGGUGGAAGUCAAUGUCACAGAAUUUCCCUACACCCCGUCUCCAAUCGAUGAUCGCAAAUCCAUGGUGCAGCCGAACAUCCCCACCCCUGUGAUCGGGGGCAUAGUGGGAGGAGUCUCGCUGGUCCUGGUGGUGGCCGUGGUGCUUUUUGUGGUGCUCCGCCGCCGGCGUCACACCUUCAAGGGUGAUUACAGCACAAAGAAGCACGUGUACGGCAACGGCUACAGCAAAGCCGGCAUCCCGCAGCACCACCCGCCCAUGGCCCAGAACCUGCAGUACCCCGACGACUCGGACGACGAGAAGAAGCCGGGCCCAUUGGGCGGCAGCACCUACGAGGAUGAGGAUGAGGAUGCAGGAGCUGAGCGCAAGCUGGGCGGCCCCAACAAAUACGAGGAGGACGCCAAGCGGCCGUACUUCACGGUAGACGAAGGGGAAGCGCACCCCGAACCUUACGACGAAAGGACACUCGGCUUCCAGUACGACCCCGAGCAGCUCGACAUAGCAGAGAACAUGGUCUCGCAGAAUGAUGGAUCUUUUAUUUCCAAAAAGGAGUGGUACGUGUAGCUCGGCUCGCCCCGGCUCCGGCCAUGCACACACACACACACACACACACUCACGCGCAUCCCCGAGCGGAGCCAUGCACGGACCGGGGGCUCGGGGCGGGGGCAGCUUUGCUUUACGGAUCAUUUGUUUGGUGGGGGGGGAAAGGGAGGGGGGGGAAAGGGAGGGGAGGAUUGGAUGGGGAGGUGGGAGGUCGGGUAAUUAUUUUCUCGGUUUUGGUUUUGCUUUUUUAAUUUCUCUUGACGACUUUUCGUCCCCUUCUGUGGUGUUUGUAUUGGUCGGUGGCUUAGGUGUUACUAUUUGCUUUAACGACUGUUGCCCAGCCUGUAUAUUACACUCUGUUUGUGUCUCCGUGUCUCAAAGCGCCCCCCCGAGGCUCCUCCUCCCGCUCCCACCCCCCUGAAACACUGGAAUUUGUUUGUAUGUCGUCGUCUUUUCUUUGCUUUAACCUCGGGAGGGGGUCCGGGGGCAGAAAAGCUCACGGCAAAGGAAGUGGAGGUGCCACAAUUGGGGGAAGCGAUUGCUCUCGGUGGGAUAUAUGGGGUGUUCCCACUGCACUGAGGAUCUGCUCCCAGGUCACAAUGGCUCAACACAGGGAUCAUGGGGAAGGAAAGCCCUCGAACAAACCCCAGGUGCAUGGGCUGAUAGCAGCGAGGAGCAACAGAGCUGCCAUUUCCCUCCUGCCGUUCAUCACCCUCCUGGCUUUUCAUUUCUGCCUUUGUUGGAGCAUGUUUUAAAAGAAAGACAAGGAGUAUUUAUUGCUGACCUUCCCUCUGCGACGGCUCAGAGAGGUGCUGGCUCUUCUCAGCCCUGUUGCACACCGGCGCGCAUCCUCCCGCCCACCCGUGGCUUUGGGGUCCCUGUGUUUUAUGAUACCACUCAGACUUCAUCGUCGUGUGUUUACACUUCUUUCUUCCUUCUUUCAGUCAGAGCAUGCAGGCAGCUCGCUCUGUUUUAGCAAUUUGGGGACGUAUGGCUUCGCCUGCAUUGAUUGCCACUUUCCCAGUACCCCAUCCCUCCUCUAAGCAAAGCCUCAGUAGAUAGGGAGGUAGAGAGGAAGGAAGGAGGGAGUUGGCGUGUUGCUCUCAUCCUCCUUCCCCCUGCCUUGUGGACUGCUGCUAUCUCUGCUCUGUGGAUAGAUGGGAUUCCAGGCAACUAGGACCUGACACUGACCUUAUCCACCUUCACUGGGUCGGGGCUUAUUGCUCUUUUUUUUAAUUUUUUUUUUAUUUUUUAAUUGAUGUAUAAAUAAAUCUUUUGGUUUGGAAAGAAACCCCCAGUUUUCUGAGCUGUGUUGUCACGCACACCUGAAAGCAGCAGGACUCGUUCUCCCCUUGCCUUACCCAUUGGGUUUCAUUCCCCAGUGUCACACUGCUGCAGGAGCAAGAGCAUGGAGCCCGAGCCAUGCAGAGGAGCCAAGGUCAGGGCUCUGAUCCAUGCACGCAGGGCUCAGGCCAGGCAACGCAGCUCAUACCUACAGGCUGCAGCUCACUUUUAUUGCGUUAGUGGUGAGCAGGAGAGGGAAAUCCGAUUGCUGCUCUGUAAUCUUUCUGCUGUUCCUGCCAGCCCUCCCUGCUUCCUGGCUUCUGGCAGAGCAGCCCCGUGCCACAGGAAGCUCUGUGUCCUCAAUGAAGGGGAUGCAAUCUCUGACCCUGCAAAUUGUUGUGUCCAGCAGUGAUUCUUUCACAUGCCAUCUUAGUCCCAGGAGGUCCAGUCUUGCACUGCGUGGUGCUGUGGGUCCAGAUGUCCCCAGGGUUGUUGAUGCUCUGCCAGUGGGAGCUUAGCCUGCAGUGAAAUUGUGUCCCAGAGACCCUGGGUGUGAUGUGCUGCAGUGAGGGCAUGCAGACCUGGGUGGUGGGACGGUGCCCAAGGUAGAGACUUGCAAGGAAAUACGCUUUGACAGCCGUGAGCCUUCACUUAAAGGUGUCAUGUUUGGAGAUCUCCCAUCCACAGACAGUGCUUACAGUUAGCCACAUGGGGUAUGGAGAAACAAGGAGGCUCAGAGAAAGGAGAUAGCACAGCAAUAUGGGAUCUCCAAGCCAGAUGCUGCCAAGCUUCACCUUUUGCUGUUCCAUAUCAGUGCAGACAAUGCAGCAGCUCAGGUCUAGGAAGGAGCUCAGCCACAGGAGCACAAUGAUGUGGCUCAGAAGGGGGGCAGGUGAGGAUUUUCCACCCAGAGACCCACAGGCUCAACAUGGGUGCUAUGCCAUGCAAAGUGCACAGUGCUUCCCUCUGCUCCUCACCCCUGCUUCCUCCAGCAUCACACUGGAGUUGCAAUGAUUUUGCUUCUUGCUGUUCCUUGCAAGGUCAGCUAAUUGAGCGAAAGACUUAUUGGGGUGGUAAUUAGCGAGCUGAUUAGCCGUUCAUCUAUAGCAAGGUAGGAGGAGAAAAAAAAACCAAACCAAGACAACACUGCAGAUUGAUGUUUCACCUGAGAGCUGCCUUGAUGCAGCCAGAGCAUCACUCCCUGUGUGUGCCCAGGGUCACAGCCCCAAAUAAGCCCCCUCUUUAUGUGCAGACUGUUCUGCUGGCAUUUCCCUCUCAUGUUAUUCAUUGCAAUCCACCCCAGUGCUGUUAUUAUUUUCACUUAUUUAAUUACAAGGUGCUUUUUUUUUUUUUUUUCCAUUUUGCUCAAUCAUUUUCAUCCAGUCAAGGUUAAAAAGAAAAAAAAAAAAAAAAAUCCUCCAAAACCCUGAAGUUUUCUUUAGCUUCAAUAAAUAAAUAAAAAACUAAUCAGACUCCAAUGGUAGCAUUGAUUGCAAUAAGGGACAGAGGGAGGCAUUUUCCUGAUGUGGAGCCCAAAAAAAAUAAAAUAACAACAGUUCAGCAGAAAUCCCUGAGGGCUGCAGGGAGAGAGGCUCCAAAGAUUGAUCCUCAAGCAAUUAGAGAAGGGAACGAAAUUAACGAGGGGCUGCUGCACUCCUGGGCUGUUUUUCUUUCCCCUGCGCCCGCAGACAGCAGUGCACGUGCAUGGAGAUGUGAGCACCCCGAGGCUCUGGGAGCAGAGGAUGAGCUGCAGAGGGCAGAAGGUGGGGGAUGCAUUGCAGGAAUGGGGAUGGAGACCCUGUGGGAGCUGUGUGCCUUGCAUGUGUGACGCACCUGGGGUGAAUGUAGGGAGCAAAAGGAGCCAGACCCUCGGUGGCACAAAGCAGCAGUGGGGGAGACGUCCUCACUGAGGAUCAGUUCUUUUCUUUGAUUGUUUUAUUCCUUAAAGUGGCUCCUUAAACUCCAGUGAUUGUUUUUCUCUCUCUUUCUUCUCCCUCUUGCUGUAAUUAUCAUUGUGGAAUAACGGAACGGACAAACGACCCCAACCCUGCUUUUUUCUCUUUUUUCUUUCUGAUUUUUUUUUCCCUUUUUUUUUUUUUUUUUUUUUUUUUUUUUUGUAAUCUGUGCUGUAAGUGCUUUUGUAAAAAAAAAAAUAAAAAUAAAAUAAAAUAACGUAAUGGACUUUUA